AUGGCAAACUCAACCCCAACGUUCGUGUAGUUUGCCAUGUACCUAAAUGUGGGGCCGGUUUUAGUUCGUCGACAUUAUCUUCGUUUAUCGGAUUGGAUUUCAAUUGUCAGCGGAUUGGAUUUCAAUUUGUCAGCGGGUUCAAAGCGCCUACGUGCAGUGGAUAUCUUCUAUUGAUCAAUGGGUAUUUUAGAUCUUAGAAACCCAUCCAAAGCCCCGGUUUGGUAAUACAAAAUUGCUAGCAGAAUGGAAAUACAACGCAGCAAUAAUAAUAUAAACGCCAGCAAUAAUUUCAAAGGCACUGUCAUAACACAGGCGUGAAGUGAAUACCGGCGUCCUUAAAGUAUGAAUUCUAAAAUACCUUACCUUAUUUGUUUUUUGUAUGCAAACAUCUUCAUCUUGGAAAUUUACGGACAGAACACUUACAAAGCGGCUGUUGUCGAGUUUACCCCGAAAUUAACAGCGGACACGCCUAAAAAUCGCGUAUUAGAAAAUGUGGAAGACUACCUCAAUUACAUAGAGGAUGCAGCUGAUCAGCACGUGGAUAUAAUACUGUUUCCAGAAUAUGGCCUAACGGGAGCGAAUAUCGAUCCCCGAGACCUAAGCGAAGUAAGCACUGAAGUUCCAAAUCCCGACGAUUCAAUAUCGCCAUGCACCAAUUCAGCCAAUUACUCAAAGGCCCUUAUAGAUUUAUCUUGCGCUGCCGCGACAAACGCUAUGUACGUUGUUAUAAACAUAUUUGAAAGAGUCUCUAAGAGCAACAUCUUCCACAACACGAAUGUUAUUUUUAAUAGGGGCGGUACUGUUGUGGCCAGGUAUAGGAAGAUGAACUUAUAUAACGAAAGCUAUGUAGCACCGGGUAAUGUAACUGCGACAUUUAAAACCGAUUUUGGUGUCACCUUCGGUGUGAUCAUUUGUAACGAUAUCUUAUUUGGAAAUUCUUCAUUAUCUGUAUUACGAGAUGAACAUGUAACCGAUAUUUUGUAUUCCGCGGCGUGGGCUACGCUGUUACCAUUUUUUGGAGGGGCGAGUGUGCAACAAGGUUAUGCACGUGCAAACGGUGUAAAUUUACUGGCAUCUGGUUACAAUAACCCAACAUCCUCUUUAGGGGGUAGUGGUAUCUAUCUUGCGAAUGGAACUAUUGCCGAUAUCCACGUAUCUGGUGCCAAAUUAUCGAAGAUGUUGAUAACUGACGUUCCAGUUCUUUCGCAACGGUUAUCGCCGGAUACUUGUCAGAAAGCAGUGAAUUUUACAGAAGAGAAAAGUACGCAUUUUGGAAUUGAAAGUAUGAUCGAUAUUAAUAAAUUUAGAACGUUGAAGGAAGAUCUGUCAGAUUAUACUUUUAAAACACUAAAUCUGAACCAAACUGCAAUUUACGAAUUUGCUUGUAGCGGCGAAGGUUCGUGUUGCUAUAUUAAUGUGACACUGAAUAAACCUAUCGCCAAUUCCAAUUACGUUUACAAGUUGGCUGUAUUUAAUGGCGGUAAACAUGUAUUGAAAGAAAGUAUUGGUGUUCGCGCUUGCAGUCUCGUAGCGUGCCUAAAUGAAAGCAGUAGUUCCUGUGGUGAAAGGAGUAACGAUCCUCCAAACGGUGUAGUGUUCGAAACAAUAUUUGUAAAGGGCAACUUCAAAAAUAUCAGGAACGCUCAAGACAGCCCUACUACAUUGAAUCACAAUUUACAACCAAUACAUAAUUUUGUGUUUUGCCGAAAAGCUAUCAAUGAAAGUAGGGUGGUGGCAACAAUUGCGACAACGAACCAAACAAAUUUAUUAACAUUUGGUAUAUUUGGAAGAGUUUUUGAUAAUGAUAACAAAGGAACGGGAGUCUUUAACAGUGGAUCGUUCCAUUUAACCACACCCGUAAUUGUUUUUACUAUCAGUAUUGUAAUAUUUUUGUUACAAGAAUAAUCUGCUUCUCCAUCUUUAAAUAAGCGUGUAUCUGUAAUAGCCACAGCAGUAGGUUUAUACUUCUAUUUUCAGAUUGUAUUUUGUGUUACUCGUGUUUUACCACUUCAAUAUGUUUUUUUUUCCUGAAAAUUAUUGUGCCAUAUACAUAAUAUAUUGUUAUUAACUUCUCUAAGAGCAUAAAUUAAAAUUUGUACGGUAUAUUGGGAACUGAAAACACAAACGUUUAUUAAAUUAUUAUCGACUGACUCUAA